AUGAAGGCAGUGGAGGGCGCGGGGAUCGACGGAACCGGCGAGGGGGACUCGUUCCCGGCCAGAUCCGGCGACGACGGGGCCGGACGGGUCCGGGAGGCGACGGGGCGGGGCUCGGCGGCGCGGUCCGGCGGUGGCACAGCGACCGGAGUGGGAGGCGCGGCGAGGUGGCGGUGGUGCGACGAGGUCGGCGGCGGAGGGAGACGCGGGGCGCAGACCCGGCGAGGAGGCGCGGGGCGCGAUGAAUGGCGGCGGGGCGGCUCCGGCGGGAGCGAGGUGCUGGAGAGGCAGAGCGAACUGGGCGGCGGCGCUCGCUCGGGCGCGCGGGCUCGGGCUCGGGCCUCGAUGGACUUCGCGGGCCUGGGCGGGCCUGCGGCGGAGGGAGGCACGGUGAGGUGGCGCGGGGCGACGUGGCAAGCAACGAUUGGCUGCGCGCGUCGCCGGCGGCGGGGCUGGCCGAUGGGGGUGCGACAAGUGGCGGCGGGGUGCUGGUUGGGCGCGGGUUUCGAGGAGAGAAGGUGGGAGGCGGCUGGCUGA